CCCGUUUUUGCUCAGGUGCUACGGCAACAAUAGUCGACACCUGCUUUCGAUCCUAGAAACCCUUCUUCUCCCAGCGUGCGUGUUCCUUUGGUCCGCCAGAAAAAAAAUCCCGCAGCGAUGACUGCAAGAUGAAGCUCUAGCUAACAUACCAAUUGACGCGUCAACAGAUUAAGCAGCUCCCCCUCCGCAACCUCUAUCUGUCUUUCUAUCAUCUCAAGCUCGUCGCAAAACGCAUUAGAAAAAAUUCCCGCCAUGUUUCGCUCCACAGCCGUCAAGGCCGCUAACAGCGGUUUGCGCUCCGCCUGCACAAGAUCCAUCUCCCUCGCUUCCAGCGCCAGAAAUGUGUCUUUCCGCAGCUCAAAACUCGGCUUGACCACUCGCCGUCCUCUGGCGGUGGUCAACAGCAAACGUUACUACGCCCAGUCCGCUGAGGGCGUUGAUGCCAACGAUUCUUUCCUCUCCGGAAACACCGCCAACUAUGUUGAUGAGAUGUACUUGGCAUGGAAGAACGACCCGUCCAGCGUUCACAUCUCAUGGCAAACGUAUUUCAAGAACAUGGAGGAGGGCAAGAUGCCCGUUUCGCAGGCUUUCCAGCCCCCUCCCACGCUCGUUCCCACCCCUACCGGCGGUGUCCCUCAAAACAUGCCCGGUGAGGGUCUUAGCUUCGCAGCUGGUACCGAUGUCACGAAUCACUUGAAGGUUCAGCUUUUGGUACGUGCCUACCAGGCUCGUGGUCACCACAAGGCCAAGAUUGAUCCCCUUGGUAUCCGUGGUGAGGCCGAGGCUUUCGGCUACAACAAGCCCAAGGAGCUCGAGCUCGACCACUACGGUUUCACCGAGCGUGAUCUCGACGAGGAGUUCACUCUUGGCCCCGGUAUCCUGCCCCGCUUCGCGACUGAGAGCCGCAAGAAGAUGACUCUGCGCGAGAUCAUCGCUACCUGCGAGAAGAUCUACUGCGGAUCUUACGGUGUUGAAUACAUCCACAUCCCCGACCGUAAACCUUGCGACUGGAUUCGUGACCGCUUCGAGGUCCCCGAGCCCUACAAGUACUCUGUCGAUGACAAGCGCCGUAUCCUCGACCGCUUGAUCUGGUCUCACAGCUUCGAGUCCUUCCUUGCCACCAAGUUCCCCAAUGACAAGCGUUUCGGUCUGGAGGGUUGCGAAACCCUGGUGCCCGGUAUGAAGGCCUUGAUCGACCGCAGUGUCGAUUACGGUAUCAAGGACAUUGUCAUCGGUAUGCCCCACCGUGGUCGCUUGAACGUCCUCUCCAACGUCGUCCGUAAGCCCAACGAGUCCAUCUUCAGCGAAUUCGCUGGUUCCGCCGAGCCGUCCGACGAGGGCUCCGGUGAUGUCAAGUACCACCUGGGUAUGAACUUCGAGCGCCCGACCCCCUCGGGUAAGCGCGUGCAGCUUUCUUUGGUCGCCAACCCCUCCCACUUGGAGGCUGAGGACCCCGUCGUUCUCGGAAAGACCCGCUCGAUCCAGCACUACAACAAGGACGAGUCCAACUUCGACUCCGCCAUGGGUGUCCUCCUCCACGGUGAUGCUGCCUUUGCUGGUCAGGGUGUCGUCUACGAGACCAUGGGCUUCCACUCCCUCCCUGCCUACUCCACCGGUGGUACCAUUCACAUCAUCGUGAACAACCAAAUUGGUUUCACCACCGAUCCCCGUUACUCGCGUUCCACCCCCUACUGCUCCGACAUCGCCAAGUCCAUCGAUGCUCCCGUCUUCCACGUCAACGCCGAUGAUGUUGAGGCUGUCAACUACGUCUGCCAGGUCGCCGCUGACUGGCGCGCCGAGUUCAAGAGCGAUGUUGUCAUUGACAUUGUCUGCUACCGUAAGCAGGGUCACAACGAGACCGAUCAGCCCUCCUUCACCCAGCCCCUGAUGUACAAGCGCAUUGCUCAGCAGAAGGCUCAGCUCGACAAGUACGUCGAGAAGCUCAUCGCGGAGGGUACCUUCACCAAGGAGGACAUUGACGAGCACAAGAAGUGGGUCUGGGGCAUGCUGAACGACAGCUUCGACCGCAGCAAGGACUACCAGCCCACCGGCAAGGAGUGGCUCACGUCUGCCUGGAACGGCUUCAAGACCCCCAAGGAGCUGGCCAACGAGGUUCUGCCUCACCUCCCCACCGGUGUUGACACCUCUCUUCUGCAGCACAUUGCUGGCAAGAUCAGCGGUGCUCCUGAGGGCUUCACUCUCCACCGCAACCUUAAGCGUAUCCUGGCCAACCGCAAGAAGACCGUUGACGAGGGCAAGAACAUUGACUGGGCUACUGCUGAGGCUCUUGCCUUCGGCUCUCUCGUGUCUGAGGGCUACCAUGUCCGUGUUUCCGGUCAGGAUGUUGAGCGUGGUACUUUCUCCCAGCGCCACGCUGUUCUCCACGACCAGGAGAACGAGACUACCUACACCCCUCUCCAGGACGUCUCCGAGAAGCAGGGUAGCUUUGUUAUUUCCAACUCCUCCCUCAGUGAAUUCGGAUGGUAAGUUCUUGCCUUCAUAUUACAGGUUGAAGUCUCCUACUCAUGCUAAUCGACCUGCAGUCUGGGUUUCGAAUACGGUUACUCCCUGACCUCUCCCAACGCUCUUGUCAUGUGGGAGGCCCAGUUCGGUGACUUUGCCAACAACGCUCAGGUCAUCAUCGAUCAGUUCAUCGCCUCCGGAGAGUCCAAGUGGCUCCAG